AUGGCUGAUUACAAAACUGCCAGCUCAGAGCUCGAACAGGCUCGCGCAGAUGAAAUGGAACAAACAGGUGAUAGAAUCACCAAGAUUGACAGCAUUCGUUCCGAGCAUGCGAGCAAGCCACAUGAAGAUGGCAUCUAUGCUGAGGCUCUUGCACAAUAUCCAACCGACGACUCCAUUGACCCGAUACUGGAAAAGAGGGUCAGGAGAAAACUUGACAGGCUUAUUAUUCCCGUGCUGGGAGUUUGCUACUUCUUCUACUACGUCGACAAGACUACACUUUCCUACGCCGCUAUUUUCGGCCUCAAAGAAGAUCUCGAUUUGAAAGGGGAUGAAUACUCGUGGCUUUCCAGCAGUUUCUAUUUCGGCUGGCUUGUCUGGGCCAUCCCUUCGAACCUCCUUAUGCAGCGUAGCCCUCCUGGCUACUACUUGGCUUUCAACAUCUUCAUGUGGGGUGCUCUUCUUAUGACACAAGCUGCGGCAAACAACUUUGCCGGUCUCUUGGCUCUUCGAAUUCUUUCGGGAGCAUUCGAGGCCAUUGCUGACCCAGCCUUCAUGUUGAUCACCUCGAUGUACUUUACUAGAGAGGAGCAGCCCAGUAGGAUCUCGGCCUGGUAUGCUUUCAACGGUGUUGGAGUUGCUGGUGGAGGUUUGAUUGGCUAUGCCAUUGGUAACAUCAAAGGAUCUCUGCACUCUUGGCGAUACGAGUUCCUCGUUGUGGGCGCCUUUUGUGCGGCCUGGGCCAUCGCUCUUGUCCUAUUACUGCCCAACUCUCCCCGUACUAUUCGAGGGUUCUCGCAUGAUGAGAAACUUGUCAUGAUUGCUCGAAUGAGACGCAAUCAAACCGGGAUUGAACAACGUAGGAUCAACUGGAAUCAGAUCAAAGAAGCGUAUAUGGACUAUAAGACGUGGCUAUUCACGCUCCUAGGCUUCGUGUCCAAUGUUCCCAAUGGUGGUAUUUCUAACUUUUCCACCCUUGUAAUCAGAGGAUUGGGAUUUGAUACUCUUCAUACUGCUCUAUUGGGCAUUCCCCAGGGAGUCCUUGUAGUCAUAUGGAUCGGACUUGGUGCUCUAGCAAACAAGUAUAUGCCACCCAACAGCCGCACGCUUGUUAGUGCCAUAUUCAUGAUACCAACUAUUGCUGGCGCACUCGGCUUUCUACUGGCUCCAGAGGAUGCAUAUGUUGGACGUUUAAUCUGUUUCUAUCUCACUGGCUCUUAUCAAGCGUCAUUCGUAAUCUGCCUUUCUCUCAUCACCUCAAACACCGGCGGUCAGUCCAAGAAGAUGAUUGUUUCUGGAAUGAUUUGGUUUGGUGCCUGCAUUGGCAAUAUCGCAAGUCCAUUUUUCUACCGUCCCGAACAAGCGCCUUCAUACCAUCUCGGCAUUGGUUCUCUCCUUGUGGCGAAUUGCAUCGAGUUUGUUCUUUUCUUUGUCUUUCGGUAUGCGUUCAAAUGGGAAAACAAGAGAAAGGAGAAACAACGCGAGGCUUUGCGUGCAGCGGGUCAUGAUGUUACUGCAAAUGCAACCGCUUUCACGGAUAUGACAGACAAGGAGAACCCGAACUUUGAAUACGUCUACUAG